CAUCAAGAGAGACACAGCUCAAUUCAGUGUCCAACAAAAAAUAAACACCAUUUUGGCAGAAGUACGGAAAGAAAGACCAGGGUUCAGCUCUUUGUCUCUGUAAUUUCUUACGAAGAAUUAAUUUUGCAGUCUCAUCACUGAAAGAGUCACUGACAAUGUAAACUAACCAGAGGAGAAUGGAUGAGGGUUUUAGAAAACCUGGAAACACCAGAGAGAGCUCAAAACUGUUCCAAAGUUUAUUUCCAGGGUGUAUCAAAUCAAGUUUCAGCGAAGAUGAAGGUUCUCUCAUUCUGCCACAGCUCCAGAGCCAGCUCCCCUCUCCCUGGUUUUAUUGUUUUCUUCAUUAUAUAUGUCCGCAAGAUGGAAUCAGCAAAGUUCACAGUGAUUGGACCCCGUGACCCUGUCACUGCCAUCCUGGGUCAGGAAACUGUGUUACCCUGUCACCUGUCCCCCCGGAUGAGUGCUGCAAACAUGGAGGUGAGAUGGUUCCGACCUGAGUUUUUAUCCUUUGUGCACUUGUACCGUGAUGGGAAGGAUCAGUUUGAUCGGCAGAUGCCAGAAUAUCAGGGAAGGACGGAGCUUUUGAAAGCCGGACUCACAGAUGGGAAUGUUCCCUUGAGGAUUUUCAAUAUCAGACACUCUGAUGAAGGACAAUACCACUGCUUUGUUCAAGACGAUACUUUUCAUGAAGAAACCAUAUUGGAACUGCAGGUCGCAGGUCUGGGCUCUGCUCCUCUCAUCUCUGUUGAGGGUCACCAGGAUGGAGGGAUCCGGGUGGUUUGUCGAUCAGCUGGUUGGUACCCAGAGCCUGAGGUGCUGUGGAAAGAUCUCAAUGGACGACAUUUACCAUCGCUCUCUGAAAUAAAAUCCCCAGGGGAUAACAACCUGUUUGAAACAGAAACUGUGAUCAUUGUAACAGAGCAUGCAAACCAAAAGUUGUCCUGUUGCAUCAGGAACACUGUUCUCGAUCAAGAAAAGGAAUCAGCAGUUUAUAUAGCAGAUCCAUUUUUCCCGAGGGUGAAUUCCUGGAUGGUGUCUCUCAGUGUGAUCCUGGUGGUUUUGUUUGGUUUCAUUGGCCUCACUGUUUAUCUCUUUAAAAUGAAAGGGAAACUUACUGAAGAAGUUGGCAAACAAGAUCUAGAAAUUGGCAAACGAGAUAUAGAAAUUGACAAACGAGAUAAAGAAAUAAACCUACGAGAUAAAGAAAUAAACAAACAAGAUAUAGAAAUAGAAAAACGAGAUAAAGAAAUAAGCAAACUACAUACAGAAAUUGACAAACGCGAUAACGAAAUAAGGUGGAGAAGAUCUGUGGCACCUAUAGAAGAUGUGAAUGUGACUCUGGAUCCAGACACGACUCAUCCCGAGCUUGUCCUGUCUGAGGAUCGGAAAAGUGUGAGACGGGGAGACAGACGCCAGGAUCUGCCCGACAACCCUGAGAGAUUUGAUACCUGGGGCUGUGUGCUGGGCUGUGAGGGAUUCACCUCGGGGAGACAUUGCUGGGAGGUGGAGGUGGGGGAUGGGCGAUUCUGGGCUGUGGGGGUGACCAGAGAGUCUGUGGGGAGGAAGGGAUGGAUCAACCGUAGCCCUGAGGGGGGGAUCUGGGCUGUGGGGCAGUGGGGGGAUCAGUUCCAGGCUCUCACCUCCCCUGAGACCCUCUUGCCCCUGAGCCGGGUCCCCAGCAGGAUCCGGGUUUGUCUGGACUGUGACCGGGGGCAGGUGAUAUUUAUCGAUGCUGGUGAUGGGGCCACGAUCUUCACUUUCCCGCCAGGCUCUGUCCCUGGGGAGAGAAUCCGACCCUGGUUCCAGGUGGGAUACCAAUCUCGGCUCUGCCUGUGUCCCCAAGAAUUUGAAACAAAGAUUGUUACAAACUGCCCAGAGGGAGUCAUGGCUGCAGAGAACCCGGUGGAAAGUCUCCAGGAGGAAGCGACAUGUCCCGUCUGUCUGGAGUAUUUCACAGAACCUGUCACUCUGGAGUGUGGGCACAAUUUCUGCCGAGCCUGCAUCAGCCAGUGCUGGGAGGGAUCCGAUACAGACAUCUCCUGCCCUCAGUGCAGAGAAACUGUGCAGCAGAGAAACCUCAGGCCCAACAGGCAGCUGGCAAAUGUUGUAGAAAUAGUAAAACGGCUGAGUUUACAGGCAGCAAAGGGAGCAGGAGGGGACGGGGUGUGUGGGGAACACCAGGAGGCUCUGAAACUGUUCUGUGAAGAGGAUCAAAGCCCCAUCUGUGUGAUCUGCAGAGAGUCCCGGGCUCACCGCGCUCACACGGUGGUUCCCUUACAGGAAGCUGCCCAGGAGUACAAGGAAAAAAUUCAGGCCUAUUUGAAGGCUCUGAGAGAAGAGAGAGAAAAGCUGCUGGGAUUUAAAGUGACUGAAAAGGGGAAAUGCCAGGAGUAUCUGAAACAAACACAAACCGAGAGGCAGAAGAUUGUGUCUGAAUUUCAGGAACUGCGGCAGUUCCUGGAGGAACAAGAGCGACUCCUGCUGGCCCAGCUGGAGAAGCUGGACGAGGAGAUUGUGAGGAUCCAGAAUGAAAAUGUCAGUAAACUCUCCGAGCAGAUUUCCCGUCUCAGUGAGCUGAUCAGUGAAAUGGAGGGGAAAUGUCAGAAACCAGGAAGUGAAUUCCUGAAGGAUGUCAGAAGCACCUUAAGCAGGUGUGAGAAGGGGAAGGUCCAGCAGCCAGAAGGGAUUUCUGCUGAGCUGGAAGAGCGAGUCAAUGGUUUCUCCCAGAAAACUAUUGUGCUACUGGAGGCUUUGAGGAAGUUCAAAGACACCCUGCCGUCUGCACUGAAGAGAAAAAGUGGGCAACCACUAGGAGCACACAGACAGGCUAAUGUGACUCUGGAUCCAGACACGGCUCAACUCCGCCUCGUCCUGUCUGAGGAUCGGAAAAGUGUGAGAUAUGGAGACACACAGCAGGAUCUGCCCGACAACCCUCAGAGAUUUGACACUGACUUCUAUGUGCUGGGCUGUGAGGGAUUCACCUCAGGGAGACAUUGCUGGGAGGUGGAGGUGGAGGAUGGGCAAUGCUGGGCUGUGGGGGUGGCCAGAGAGUCUGUGGGGAGGAAAGGAGGGAUCAGCUAUAGCCCUGAGGGGGGGAUCUGGGCUGUGCAGCGAUGGAUGGGUCAGUUCCAGGUUCUCACUUCCCCUAUGACCCCCCUGCCCCUGAGACGGGUCCCCAGCAGGAUCCGGGUUUGUCUGGACUGUGACUGGGGGCAGGUGACAUUUAUCGAUGCUGGUGACGAGGCCCCGAUCUUCACUUUCCCGCCGGGCUCCGUCCCUGGGGGGAGAAUCCGACCCUGGCUCUGGGUGUGGCUGGGAUCCCGGCUCAGCCUGUGUCCCUGAGACAUGCAGGGGAGUGGCAGGGGACUAGCUCUCUGGGAGCCCGGAGAUCAGCCUCUCUAGCUCAUACACCCUUGUCUCUGUGACCUCUCCCUGUGGAGUUUCUAUCAUGCCGUCUCCAUGACCCUGGAGGUUGUUUCCAGUCUCAACUCUGCACCAUCUGGACUGUCAAACCAUAGAGAGCAUUGAGUGAGCGAGGUAGAGAAGUGAAUCUCAUCACUGCCCCAGGCAUUGUGCAGCCUGUUUGCCGCUGUCCUCUAUGAGCCAGGAGGACUCUGGGGAUCCUGGGUCAGACAGUGUCACUGAGACAUGGUGGGGAACAGCCCACUGGGAAUGGAAAAAUGGGUUUCUCUAGCCAAGUAAUCCUAGCCCCUAUGGCCUGGAGGACUCCUCUCUACCCAACCCUCUGGUCUCUUAGCUCUAUCACCUCUGGAAGCUCCUCUCCCUCUCUCCCUCCCUGCAGCACGAGGGAGGGAGAGGGAGAGGGGGAGGGGGAAGAACUUCUGGGGGUGCAGGAAAAGGGACCCCGAGGGGCAGAUGUGGGCGCUGUGGGGUCGCAAUUGUUGGAGGGGCUGGGGGCAGAAGUGAUAUGGGGUUGGGGGGCAGAAUUAAUGUGGGGCUGGGAACAAGCAUAUGUGGAGUGGUAGGGACACAUAAUUAAUUAAUUGGGAUUUGGUGUUUUCUUAGAAUGAUAGAAUAUCAGGGUUGGAAGGGACCUCAAGAGGUCAUCUAGUCCAACCCCCUGCUCAAAGCAGGAACAAUCCCCAACUAAAGAAGAAGAAGCUGGAAGCUCCGCACCAGCUGGGAGCCUGGGAGAAGGAGACCCAGGGACUGGGGAGUGUGCAUUCAUCCCAAUAUCCAGUAGAAAUGAGUUGCUAGCAUAGACACUUCCUACAUCAAUAAACAGAGUUUUACCAUCAAUGCAAUAAAUCCACCUUUAGGAGAGGCAGUAGCUAGGGCAACAAAGAAUUCUUCCCUUGACCUACUUGCGUCUACAUCAGGGGUUAGAUCGAUCUAACUACAUCACAGAGGGUUGAUAGUUUUCACAGCUCUGAGCGAUGUAGCUAGGCUGACCUAAGUUCUAGGUGUGGACCAGGUCUCAGGAAGAAUAAUGGUAUAUCUACACUAUAGUCACUACUACAGCAGAGCUACAACGUUACACCUGGGUCGCUGAAGUGCCAUAGUGUAGAAGCAUCCUGCAUUGACGGAAGUGUUUUUUCCAUUGCUCUAGUUCAUUACUGUUUCUGAGAGACUGUAGCCAGGUCACUGGAAGAAUUCCAUUGUCUACAUUGGGGAGUUAGGUCGAUCUGGCUGUGGCACUCAGGGCACACAAUGUUUCACAGCCCUGAAUAACAUCACCAGGUUGAUCUAAGUGUUAAGUGUAGAGAAGGCCUAAGAGGGGUUUCCCUGGUGCUAGCUGAAAACAGAUAGGCUGAGGGAUUGGCUGGCAGCUUGGUGUAUGAGAGACAGAAAGCCAAGAGAGGCAGUCGUGAGUGUGACCAUGGUAGGAAACUGUGAGACAGGACUUGCUUCAGGCACAGAGUUCCCUGGAAAGACCAAUGUGGAGUUCUGAGUAAAGAAACCGCUGGCUCCUAUUAGUUUCUACCGUGUUCAGGACACAGACAUGUGGAUGUUCUUUGUAAAUAAUAAAGCUUGCACCAAAGAAAAACCUGACUCCUAUAAUCAGUUUCUCCUCCCAGUGGAAGAACCUAGCAAGGCCCCAAAUACUGACUAACUGCUGAGGUCAAAGGAGCAAUGGUGCAACCCAGGUCAGAACCUAGAGCUAUGGUGGCAAAUGUGUUGGUGGGAACCAUUUGCGGGGAGCUCCAGCAGCAAAGAGCCUGUGCAGCUUUGUGUGCUGAGCAGUCCUCAUUGUUCCUUCUCUCUGAGCUGAUAUGCAUCUCCCCAGAGUCAGGCAAAACCCAAACUAGGAUCCCUGGC